AUGGACCGCGCCACGUCCGAGCGCCCGACCAGCAGCUCCCCCGGGAUGCUCUCCAGGGGCAAGAGCCGCGGCGAAGGAUCGAAGCCAGCCAAUCGUCAACGACGGCUCGUGUUCUGGGCGAUGAGCGCCCCGGUCUGCGCGGUGCCGACACGCGUGGGCGUCAGACGCCCGAGGCGCGGCCAGGGCGUCGCCUGCGUGAGCGGACAGCCCGAGAAGGAUUACGACAUCCUGAUGGUGAAUAUGGACAGCGACCCGAUCGCGGAGCUCGCGAUGCAUGGCCUCAAGCCAAUCAAGAUGGAGGGUCGAUCAGCUCGCCAGAAGUUCAAGGGGCUCGGCGGAUCACGACCUGAAUCAAGGCAGAAGUGGAUCAUCCCGGCCGGCAUUCGGAAGAAGCAUGCGCUGCAGAAGUACUACGAGAUCCCCGGCGACACGGUCGGCCUGACGAGCAGGAAGGACCUCGCCGAGUGGAAGGCGAGCCUCUACAUGCGCGAGGGCGGCCACUGGGCGGACUUCCAGGAGCUCGCGGUGCAUGGCAAGGAGCUUGUGAAGCUACCUGGCGGGCAUGCAGGCCUCGACCUCUUCGACUGCGACCUCGAGUCGCACGAGUCGGAGCCCCUCUUCGAGAGGUUCCGCGUGGGCGAGGCGCAGCUCGAGCCGGAGGCAUUCCUGGUCGCGGGCGCGUUGCAGGUGUUCGUGCCGGGGUUCCAGGCGAAGGAUCGCGCCGACUCGCGGGUCGCAGAGGCCCUGAAGAACGGCGGCAAGGGCAUCUUCAGGAAGGGAACGCUCAAGCGGAUCGAUAAACUGAUGAAGGGCAUGGGCGACCGGGUGGGCGAUCUGAUCGAGGAGUUCAGGCCACGCGCAUGUCGCGGUGGCUCGCGCCUCUCGUGGUGGCUCGACCGCGCGUGCGACGAGAGCAACGAGCGCGCCGACGCGGUCGGACGAGGCGCGCUGCUCUCGCGGGCUAGUGCCUGGCGGGGCGACCUGGGCAGGACCCUGGCGAGUGCUGGCACGCGUGAGCUAGCGCGGCGCACCGACCUGAAGAAACUGGGCAUUGGAGACGACGUGGCGAAGGUCCCGGACCAGCAGACCAUGCGCACGGUGGUCAAGGAGUUCAAGCUGAGGCAGGACUUGAUUGACGUACGCGUGCUGAGCCAGAACGAGGCUGUUCCCCAACCCCGCGGAGCUGUGCGGCGCAUAUACGCCACGUGCACUGACCAGGGCGUGCUGGCCGACUUCUCCGACGCCUACGCGGACGACCCGAGCUUCGCGACGGUCGAGCUGGCCACGAGGCGCCCAACGGGCACGGUGGUCGCCGUCUACGCGAAGGAGCCGAAGGUGCAGACAUCCUUCCCCCUGCGACGGUACCCCUACUCGGUAGCCGACCAGAAGCAUUCAAGCACCACGACCGCGAAGCUGGCGCAGCACAUCGAGAUCUACAUCGCGACGUGGGACGCUCUGAGGAAGCUCCACCUGGACCAGAAUGACCCAGUGGCUCACGCUUUGAAGCGACGCCUGAAGUCCUACGGGGUGUCGCAGAAGGCGCCCGACGCGGUGGAUGAGCUUGACUGCGUCGUGUGCAAGGAGCUCGGCAGGCCCAACGCUACGAGGUCAGCCAACCUGAAGCUCUCGACGGAGUUCAGCGCGAACGCGUUUCUUGACGCAGCCGAGGCGCUCUACUCCGACGCAGCGAAGGGCCGCGUCACGCAGCGGUUCGCGGAGAUCUGCGAGAAGUACAACAUCCUGAUGAGGCCGGUCCCGGCACAGGCGCCGUGGCUCAAACGAGCCAUCGAUUCCUUCAAGGACCAUUUCCAGCGCCUGAACCGCGAUGUGCAGCUCACCAAGAGCGACGACCCAUCCGUUUGGACUUCGGCGAGAGCGAGCACGCGCAACAACCGCAUCCGGCGGAGCGGUUUCACGCCCUACCAGGAUGUAUUGGGCCGAUCGCCCAACGUCCAGGCUUUGCUGAUUGAGGCGAUGGAGGGGCCGAGCAGAUUCGCGCCGGCCGCGGCGCGCCGGGCGUUCUUCGAGCUGGACAGCGACGACGCCGUGAGAAGGGCCACGGCUGGUCGAGUUCGCCCGCCGCGCGGGCCGUUCGUGCCGGGCCAGCUGGUGUUCUACUGGCGCGAGGUGAAGCACGCCAAGUCGAAGCGGCUCCAUGGCGAGCACGGGCGGCGCGGCCUGGCCGUUGUGCUGGCAGCUGAGGGCCGCGCCGGGCUGCGCCUGAGCUACCGUGGGGUGCCGGUGCUCGCGUCGCCCGAGCAGGUGCGGCAUGCCUCUCGCGGUGAGGCUGGGGCGGUGAAGAACGAGGACCUCGUCAGGUGGGGGACGCAUCUGAACCUGGAGCGUUACCCGAAGUACCACCACUACCUGGAGAUGGACACGACAUGCAGGACGUCAAAGCUGAACCGCUACGUGGAGAUGGACAUGAUCGAGGGCGACAGACUGGACGACGAAGUUCUAUCCCUCAAGGUGAAGAACCGUGCGAGGGGCGAAUUUGUAGCAAGGAGGACUGAGACCACGAAGAAGCAGAAAAGGGAGACGGCGUUCGAGGCGAGCGACCUGGAGGAAUGGCGUAAAUGGAUUCAGUAUGACGCUGUGGAGUGGCCGAGUGAAGAGGAGCUUGCGGGGGUCGAGAAGGCGGACAUCCUGCCCAUGAGGUGCGUCCGCACUGACAAGAAUGAGCCGACGAGGGGCAGUCUCUCGUGCGAGCAACACCCGCUGAAGGCGAAAUCGCGUAACAUCGUCCUGGGCUACAAGGACAAGCAUCUUCUCGCGGGCGAUUUGCAAACGAACGCGCCGACGCUCGCGGACACGGCCGCGGCGGUGAUCAUCCAGGAAGCUGCCAGCCAGCCAGGCGGGGGCUUCGAGCUGGGCGUCGUAGAUUCAGCAUUUCUGAAUGGGAGAUAUCUCGACAGCUCCAGGCUAGGGUUCGCGACAGCGACGAAGGUGCAAGAUCUGCUGGACUACAACAAGCUCGUGAGCGAUGCCAAGCUCGACCACCUGGACAUCACCUUCCAGAAGUUAGACAUGGACAACGCAAUUGUGGUGGCAGUGGGGGACUCGUGCCACGGCAACGUGGGCAAGACGAAGACCGCUAGCAAGGCGGGCCUGGUCAUCUUGCUCGCGGACAACACCGACGAACAGUUCCUGCGCGGGAGGCCGGCGGUCGAGAGUGGCGACAUGCUGCAGCACCUGGUAGAGUUGCACUACAGGCUGGGCCGGGCCCACAUGGACGACGGAAAGGCGAUCGAGGUGGUGGAGGUCACUGACUGCAAGUCGCUUUAUGACCUGCAUCAGAAGCGAGGGGUGGUUCCGUCCGAGAAGCGGCUGCUCAUCGACAUCGAGUCGUUCAGGAACGACAGUGAGUUCAACAACGUGGUGAGCAAUUGGGUGAACGCUAAGCAGAUGCUCGCCGACUGUCUGACCAAGCAGGACAUCCGCGCGGGCGACCACAUGAGGCAUUAUCUCCGUUGGCGGAUGAUACUGGGCCAGCGCGAGGACGACGUCGACUGCGAGAAGCUCGAGGAUAUGAUCGACUGGUCAGGGCUGGUCCAGGUGGCGAAGCGUCGGAGGAUUCCGACCCAUGUGCGUAAGUUGCUGACGAUCUACGCGCCGACCCAGGAGGCUCCUGAGCGCGACGAGAAGUACUUCGCGGAGAAGCACAUCCUGAAGAAGACGGGCAUGACCGAGGACAUCGAGCACCACGAGGACACGAAUGACAUGUCGGACGCAGGUCUACUUGUGGAGUCGGACGAGAAUCAGAAUACAGAUGGUACUUCGGACCUGGACGACGCGAGGGAGAUCUACGCGAUGGAUGCUGCGGGUGCUGAGGCCGAGGAGAUCGGAGGAGGCGCCGCUGGAGCUGGCGCAACGCUGGUGGCGCUUGCGGUGCGCCGGGCGGUGGUAGACCGGUGCGAGCGUCAGCCGAGGACUCAUAAGAAGGCCAAUCACAACGUCCCCGUCCCCAAUGACGGUCAUGAUUGGGCCGAGGUGCCCGGCGAGACUGAGCAGCCUGGAGGAUCGACACCCAGGAAUAAAACGACGGAGUUACCAAUGGAUGAGGCUCGCAAACUACAUGAGCGCUUGAAGCAUGUAUCCUACAAACAGAUGGGGCAUGACGUGCUGGGGGGCGAUAUCUUAGAGGCGUACCAGCUGGUGGUCGCAGGAUGCAGCAAGUGCCGUCGAGCUAGUUGCGACACGGAGGAGAUCCCAAAGGGCAAGGGCAGCGAGAAAGGAACAUGCAAGUCACGGGGCGCAUGCAGAAUCGACCCAGACGAAUGCAUACAUCCAGCGGGUCAGCUCACGACUGUUGGCACCAACCAGCAUCAGGAGAAGGUGCACCGCCGCCUUUGUGACGCACUGCUCGUGGAUCGAGACGCGAAGUGGUGGUCUGAGGAGCAGGAGCUUCGCGCAGAGGUCCAGGCGAUCCGCCCGGAGAAGCAGAAGCGAGAGCUCUUGAGUCGGUCGAGAGCACCGACAGCCGGACGAUCCACGACGGGAUAA